GUAAUGUAUUCCGUUUAACAAAAGAAAAUCGAGUUAUCAACGCAUAUUUUUAUCCACAUGUACGCUAUUGUAAUCUAUGUUUUACGUCAUACAUAUGCGUCGGCCGGAAGUUGAAUUUCUAUUGCCUCUUGUUUUUGUUCCCGGUUAGAUACUGUUCAGCAGCUGGGUUAGGUACGCCUUUUGUGUUCGAAAUUGGCGAGAUAUUUGGUUAGUUUAAACAACUUUAAUAUCAAUUCAAACGGUGUUUGGACAAUUAACGCAGAGCCAUGUCUAAACGCGCUUCUUUUCACACACAACUGGCCUCCAUCAUGGAAAUACUGUCUAGAACCGCAAUGGCUCAUGUGUGCAAACUGGUUGACGACGAAUACGCGGGAAUAUCUUUAGAAAAUGAGGCUCUCACUGAGAAAUUGCAUAAUCUGGAAAGUGAAUUUACAAUUGUGAAAAGCACAGCUCCCAAGCUGGCUGGAAACUAUCGCUCUGUUGGUGUUCAAACUGGUGAAACUAUCACCAGAAUAGACAGAGGGCUAAACGGAUCCCCCACCAUCGAAGGAAUAUUUGGGAAGGAAUGGUGUCUUGAUCUAUGGAACCAUGGGGAUCCCUACAGCACAGAGAACAGUCCACAACACACUGCCAAAUCAACAGGGGUGCCUUCAGGCCAAGCUGAUGUUAAAGAGGAGGAUUUUGAGGUGGAAAUCAUAAACAGCAGAGACCCACAGGAAAGACCAACAAUAAUUUUAGAUGGAGAUGACGACUUAGUGGACAAUGGAAGAGAAGGGCCCUCCAACGUGUAUCCAUCCUUUGAUUCCUUCCGCCAGGACAGGCCAGAGAGACGGGAUAAACAGGUACUGGAGAUGUCUACUACGGAUGUCUCCACAGGACACACUUUACGUUUCAUAUCCAUCGACGGAUUGGAGGAGGAAUAUGGCGAACAUGUCUUUCCCAUUGAGGACGAUGAGACGAAUGAGUUCCUACCAGACGAUACCGAGCUGUUGCCCAACGAAGGACAAGAUGAACACAUCACAAAGCCAACGUAUGCAAAGAAGUCUUUAGCAAAGUCAAAAAGCAAAGCUGGGAAGACUAAGACUUUCAGUUACUUUAACAGGUUUAACUUGCACUCCCAUAGUAAAUCCGACACAAACAAGUUAAGUUGCGUGAUUUGUAAGAAGACUUUCUUGCGGCAGAACCAUCUGACGAUGCAUAUGAAAUCUCACAAGUCACUGUACUGCAGUGUGUGUAAGAACUAUUAUCCUGGGAAAACUCAGCUCAAAAAACACAAAUGUGUUGCUCCCGAUAAUCUGGCCUCGAACAGCUCAAAGUACUUUUGCCAUUACUGCGGCAAGUCUUUCAGCUGUCCGUCAAGCCUGAGGAUACACCACCUGGUGCACACUGGAGAGAGACCCCACACGUGCACUGUCUGCGGGAGAGGAUUCACACAGAAGGGCAAUCUGAAAUGUCACAUGCGCAUUCACACUGGUGAGAAACCGUUCAAAUGCCUCACAUGCGAAAUUGGUUUCACCCAGAAAGUAUACCUCACUCAGCACUUGGCCAAAGCUCACGGUCAAAAGGAAGAAAAUAAGAAAAAGAAGACGCAAGUGCACAAAUGUUCUAAGUGUCAGUUGUCUUUCGUCAAUCAGCAACUGCUCCAAACACACAUGGCUGUUCAUAAAAAUAAAUGAAGUAUUUUUGGUACUCUUGACUUAAAGGGGCAAUCUACAGUUGCUACAUCCAUUUUUGGACUUAUACAUUUCUAUGUACCCAUUUAUUGUUUUAGAAUAUAACUUAUUUAUGCCUCAUGAGCUUAGUUGAACUGUUGUACACCAUCAGAACCCCAAAUAAGCUUGUAAAUAAACAAUUUACAUUUUAGUCAUUUAGCAGACGCUCUUAUCCAGAGCGACUAACAGGAGCAAUUAGGGUUAAGUUCCUUGCUCAAGGGCACAUCGACAGAUUUUUCACCUUAUCAGCUCUGGGAUUUGAUCCAGUGACCUUUUGGUUACUGGCCCAAUGCUCUUAACCACUAGGCUACAUGCCACCCUAAAUAGCCUCAAAACAUGGUUAAAACUAUAAUUUUGGUAUGGAUGGUCAGUCCUUGCAUCCAUAGCUCUAUGAAUUUGAGUGGUUAGCCUACAUUUCUCCAGGCCCAGCCCCCCAGCUUUUUACCGAAACGGGUGGGGAGGCCUCUUUAUCUGAACUGCUGAUUGCCCCUUUAAAGGAUUGUGUGCCUGCUUUGCUCAGACUGGAGAACCAAAUACUGUAUGUCAUAUUUCACAAUAUUGGAGCGACCUUAACCCAACACCUAACGACCUUGUCAAGGGGUUCCGAUCUGGACGGUGGACCUGGGAGUCCCAUUCGGGAGACCCCCCCCCCCAAAUACGCUACAGUAUGUUGUAGCCUUUAAGUGUAUUUUUAUUACACUUCAUUUGUCUGAAUUAGCUACAGCCUAAUACAUCCUGUUAGUGUUAUCUGGUAUAAUUUACCUACAAUAAAGGUAAAUUAUGAAGUUUAUUUUGCAAAGAACGUGGUGCAUCAGUAUUGCACUAUUCAUAAGUACUGUAAUGUUCACCUACCACUAUCCUAUGUUCUAUAUUUUAGGCUCAAGGAUUGAACCUGCCAAUGUUUGGUAGUUUGUACUGUAUCUGCAUUGUCCUCUGUAUACAUUGAUACAAGAUAUCAUUAAAUGGAUGUUUUCCAUUUCUGUUCCCAGCAGUGCAUUUUAUACUUGUUUUGUACAUAAUGCUUCCAUGAUUGUGUCAGUUGUUUUUCUGGAAUAUUUAUCUGCUGUAAACUUAAUUUGCUUUCAUAAUUAAAAGAGCAUUAAGAGUAUAACUUCA